UGCGUCGGGAGCACCGUGGCCUCGGAAACAGAUCGUUGGACGUAUUGAUCGAGCGUCGCAGUGACGUCACGGCGCCGGGUCAAGAUGGCGAUGCUGUGGCUGAUGCUAGUGGGUUUUGUGGUCACCUGUGACUGUCGUCCUGGGCAGAUCGGGGACCUCGACGACGAAUUCUACUUGGAGGUACGAGACCUCCUCAGCAAACAUGCGGCCCACCAGGCCCCCGUCAGCGCCCCUCGCCGCCCCCGUGAAGUGGUGGGAUGGCCACGACCCCUGCCUCAUCUUGGUCAGGUGACCGGGGUGGCCGUCAAUUCGCGCGGCCAGCCUGUCGUCUUCCACAGGGGGCCGAGAGUCUGGGACGCAAGCUGUUUUAACGCCAGCCACGACUUCCAGCACGUUGCUGAGGGCCCCAUAGCUGUAUCGACAGUUCUGACGCUGGACCCCGAAAGUGGAGCCGUGGUCAGCGAUUGGGGCAGUAACCUGUUCUACAUGCCGCAUGGCAUCACGGUGGACGCCGAAGAUAACAUCUGGGUGACGGACGUCGCGCUCCAUCAGGUGUUUAAGUUCCGGCCAGGGGAAACGCGACCCGCCUUGACCUUGGGCCAGCGGUUCCGUCCAGGCGGUGGAUGGACGCGCCUCUGCCAGCCGACGGCGGUGGCGGUGGCGACGUCGGGGCAGGUGUUCGUGGCUGACGGGUACUGCAACCACAGGGUGCUGACGUUCAGUCAGCGGGGUCGCCUCUUGCGUCUGAUUCCUCUGCCGUCAGAAUUCCUGUCGCUUCAAGUGCCGCACGGCCUGGCCCUGAUGGAGACCCUAGACCUGCUGUGUAUAGCGGACCGUGAGAACAUGAGGGUAGUAUGUCCCCGCGCUGGCCUCGUGCCCUACGCCAGCGUCCAGCCCGUCAGCAUCCAGGCGCCCGAUUUGGGAAGGGUAUUCGGGGUGGCGGCAGCAGGGGGUGUGGUGUACGCUGUGAAUGGGCCGACGUCGCCUCAGAUCCCCGUGAGGGGCUUCACGCUGGACCCGAGCUCCGAAACCGCAAUAGACCGUUGGGGCCCCUCAGCGGGGUUCCACAACCCGCACGGCAUUGCAAUAUGCCCCAAUGGUACGACAAUGUACGUCACAGAGAUCGGCCCCAAUAAGGUGUGGAAGUUCUCUCUUGUCAGCGGAGAGAGCGUGUAACAAAUGCGACGGCCACCUCAGUAUCCGGACUUCAGAUCCUUAAGAAACUUCAUCAGCCAUCCUACCCCUCGACGCUGCAUGAUUCAGCUAGUGAUGGCGUCGCAAACUGGCCCACAAACAAGAUACUAUUAUUUAUGAACUGCAGCGCCUCAGCCCAUUGUGCAGAGCAACACAUACCUCUCCGUUACACACAACAAUGUAAUGUGGGAUUUUCCUGUAGAGACCCGCGGGGGUAGCUGUGAACCUAUCAUGUAGUGGCAUAGCCAGACUAUUGUGUUGUCUGAUACAUCUGAACAAAUAAAUAUAUUUUAGUCACCACUA